AUGAAUCCUGUCUCCUACAAACUCCGUCUGUCUGCUACGUUACCUAUUCAAAAUUCCUUCCUCGUCUCUCUCCUCAUGCCUCUUGUCAUAAACCGGUUUUCUCAAAAGAAUCUUGUCCCCACGCCAGUCUCCGGUUCUUCUAAAGUCUUCGAGGUUAAAGAGAUCCUUGCCACAAAAACCAUGAGAGGAGAAAAGGCAGACUCUGAGGAAGAGGAAAACCAACCUCCGAAACGUAGGGAGAAAAAUUGGAGAGUUCCUGAUAUGAAACCAUGGUUGGCAGAAUCCGAUGAUGAGAACCAAAGUCCCAAAAAUGAGGAGACAAAUGAAGAGGAUGGAGAAACCAGUCCUGGAAGAAAAGGAAGGAAAGGAAGAAAAGGAGCAAAACCAGCUAAAUGCAAAGCAAGGGAAAAUGCCAAGAAGAAGGACACAAAGAAAAAGGAUGAAGAUGGGUCUGACGAAGAAGAUGCCAUAACAGAAGAGGAACUGGACAAGCUAAAAGAAGAAGUGGAAGAAAAAAAGAAACUCAUUGCCACUAUAAGGAACAAACCUUGGAAGAUGAAACAAAAGUUGGAAGUUCUAAAGGAAGCCCAGGAAUUUGUUGAAAAAUGUGAAGGAGCACUCGGAAAAGGAAAGGGGAAAAAGUUUUAUGCUUUUAAAGUCAUGAUGCUUAAAAAAUGGAUGAAGUUUCUAAGAGAUUUUGAAAAUUUUAAAACUGCCUGCAUACCAUGGGAAAUGAAGAUAAAGGAGAUUGAAAGUCACUUCGGCUCUUCAGUUGCAUCAUACUUUAUUUUCCUUCGCUGGAUGUAUGGAAUCAACAUGAUACUCUUUGGACUGACAUUUGGUCUAGUUAUGGUGCCUGAGGCAUUAAUGGGGAAACCAUAUGGCUCAAUUCCAAGAAAAACUGUUCCCAGAGCUGAACAACCCAACGCUAUGAAUUUUGCCACACUGUAUGAUUUUAGUGGACUUGCUCAGUAUUCUGUGCUCUUCUAUGGUUAUUACAAUAGUCAAAGAACCAUUGGAUGGCUGCAGUUUAGAUUACCUCUUUCUUACUUAUUAGUUGGACUUGGUACCAUUGCAUACAGCUUCAUGGUUGUCAUUAGAACAAUGGCCAAGAAUGCUCAUGACGAUGGCGGAGGGGAUGAUAACAGCUUUAACUUUAGCUGGAAAAUGUAUACAAGCUGGGAUUUUCUAAUUGGAAACCCUGAAACAGCUGAUAAUAAAUUUGCAUCUAUUACAACAAGUUUUAAGGAAUCAAUCCUAGAAGAACAAGAAAACAGGAAAGAGGAAAACAUUCAUUUAGUUCGAUUUCUACGGGUCCUUGCAAACUUCCUGGUUCUAUGUACAUUGGCUGGAAGUGGUUAUCUUAUUUAUUUUGUUGUACGAAGAUCCCAGCAAUUUGCUUUGGAAGGAAUGGAAAACUAUGGCUGGUGGGAACGCAAUGAAGUGAACACUGUUAUGUCUCUGUUAGGAAUGUUUUGUCCGACAAUGUUUGAUGUUGUCAGUGGACUGGAAAACUACCACCCUCGUAUCGCUUUAAGAUGGCAACUCGGGCGCAUAUUUGCCCUGUUUUUGGGAAAUCUCUACACAUUCCUCAUUGCUCUCAUGGAUGAAAUUAAUCUUAAGCGUCAAGAAGAAAAAAUUGUACAACAUAAUAUGACAUUAUGGUAUGCCAAUCUUUUCAAUGGAUCUUAUUCAGAAAAUUCAACUGGUCCUCCUUUUCAAGUUGACCCAUCAGAUGUUCCUAGAGGUCCCUGCUGGGAGACAAUGGUGGGCCAGGAAUUUGUACGAUUGACCGUAAAUGAUAUCAUGACGACAUACGUAACUAUAUUAACUGGAGACUUCCUACAAGCGGUUUUUGUACGUUUUUUCAAUUAUUGUUGGUGCUGGGAUCUGGAGUAUGGAUGGCCAUCAUACUGUGAAUUUGAUAUCAGUGGUAAUGUGCUGGGAUUGAUUUUCAACCAAGGAAUGAUUUGGAUGGGAUCAUUUUAUGCACCUUGCCUUCCAGCCAUCAAUGUUUUCCGUCUUCAUACGUCCAUGUACUUACAGUGCUGGGCAGUGAUGUGCUGCAAUGUUCCCCAUGCCAGAGUGUUUAAAGCCUCUAGAUCCAACAAUUUCUACAUGGCCAUGCUGCUUUUUAUUCUCUUCCUGGCCAUGUUACCAGUCAUCUAUACUAUUGUUUCCAUCCCACCAUCUUUUGAUUGUGGCCCAUUUAGUGGAAAGCAGCGAAUGUUUGAAGUUAUACAGGAAACCUUACAUCAUGACUUCCCUGCUUGGUUCGCAAAAGUAUUUGGCUAUGCUUCAAACCCUGGACUUAUUCUACCCUUUAUUUUGCUAAUGGUCAUGAGCAUAUAUUACCUUAAUGCCACAUCAAAAGGAUAUCAAGAAUCAAUUUUGGAACUGAAGAAAAAACUGCAAAGUCAAGCUGAUGAAAAUAAGAAGAGAAGUAAAAAAGCAGCAGAGAAGGCAGUGGAAGCCCAACAAGACUCUUCUGCUGGAGGAGAACCCAAUAAGAAUGAUGGUUCUGCAGGUAGACCUAAAGGAAAGAAUCUUGAAGUUCCUCCUCGGAUUGCUGUAACUAAACCCCCUCCAUCUAGAGGACCUCCAGUGCCUUCCUGAAGACCAGAACUAGCAAACAAAAUGUGUUAUUACAUACAAUAUAAAGUAACAUCCAACAUUACUUUAUAUGUGUUCUUGUUAUUAUUAUGCAUAUCAAAAUAUAGCAUUUACUGCAUUUCAAAAUUACAUAUGUUAUUAUAAAGGGCUACAGAAGCUCAGGGAUCACUAGCAAUGGAAUACACACAACAUGGUAUUUUCUGCUUAGCCAGUGGGGUUAGCACUUGCUACCAUUUGAGCAGGGUCAUAAAGGAG